UUGGAUUUCCUACGAGGGCCACUUAAGGACACACACCAUGUUAGAAUUCUAAGCGGCGGCGGGGAUGAGAGGAGAGACAGCAGAAGGCAGCACCGCCACCGCCAAUCCAGCCGGAACUCCUCGCCGGCUUCUCAGGCGAGGAGGAGGACGCCCAGUAGGGAGAGGGACCAGCGCUCCGGGAGCAGAGAGAGAGGCCCUGGCGGCAGCGGGAGUGGACGGCGGGUUAGCAGAUCUCCCGGGAGAAGAUCGGAGAACAACGCCGCUGCCGCCACCGCGGCGGCGAACGCUGGCAAUUCCAUUGCUAACAACAACAGCAAUAACAAUAACAAUGGCAAUGGGAAUAAGCCGCCUGGGAAAAUGGUCUCCGUCCCGCCUACAGUUUCCUCUGCUCCUUCUUCCAAUAAAUCCAAUUCCAAUAACAACAACAAUGGCGUCGAAGCUGCACAGGCAGCAAACAGCAGCGGAAUCAAACGGAUUUCUGUGAAGAGGAACGCUGGUGGGGAAGCUCCUUCUGCUGCUGCUGUGGGUUCCAGGAGUGUGGCGUCUCCCCGUUCAAAGUCUCCUCGUUCGAAGUCCCCUGGAAGAGCCAGGAGCGACUGCAAUCAACAGCAGCCAUCGCUGAGCAGGAACUCCUCAAGGAAAGCUGAACAAUCUCCUCACAGGAGGAACCCACUUGCUGAAAUUGACCCUAGCUCUCUGGCUUACCCGCAAGCCAGCGGGGCCAAAGCCAGCAGCAAUUGGGCACAUAAUGAUGGCAGGGAACCGAUUCAGAAGCAAAACCCUCUGCCUGCUGCUGAAAGCCUGAAGCAGCCGCUGACGAGGAGCAGGUCAUCAAGGAGAUCCCGAGAUCUGGAUAUAAAUACUGAAGCUUUACUCAAUCCACAGCAAACGUCCUACACUUCAUUGUUGCUGGAAGACAUCCACAACUUCCAUAACAAGAGCAGUAACACUAACAUAAUCAGCAACAACAGCAGCAACAUUCCUCCAUCGAUGUCGUCGUCAUUCCAGCUACCGGCUUGUGUCACAAAAGCGUGCUCGAUCCUUGACGCAGUGGCUGACCUCAACUCUACCACAAGCUCCAACUUGUCAUCCACAUUGUCUGAAGAUCAUCACCGUAAGCAGCAGCAGCAGCUGUCCAAGGCGAAAGACCCUUUUUUGGUGGAAUCCGAGGUGGUGACAAUCGAUGAUCUCAUGGAACCGAGCUUCCACAAGACCCUCUCGGAUGCCACCGCAGGUCAGUUGAUGUCAGGUAAGUCAGUAGCACCAGCGGUCAUCGUGUCCAACUCUUUGGUGGAUAAAGUCGUACCUGAAAGAAGGUAA